AUGGUCGAAGGCGGCGGCAAAGUUCUGCAGAAGGAACCAUUUAACUCUCGUCUUUCAAUCUCUCAACUUCUGCAGAACUUUGCUGCCGCCUUCAACCAUCUAAUGAAGGGUGAUGUCUUCGUGUUCCCGUUUGGUAUGAUUCACUUCCAGAUGAAUCUUGGUCAUACGCCGGCAGUGGCACUGUCGGCGCUGCGCAGUCAGAAUCCGGGGAUGGUUACGAUUGCGAACGCGGUGUUCGGAUCGAACCCGAGGGUGUCGAAGGAGGUGUUGAAGAGGGCGUUUCAGGUGGACGAUAAGGUGGUGGCGUGGCUCAUGGCUCAGUUCAAUUAG